GGUGUGGUCUCCCAUCCUGCAGCCCAGCACCCUGGCGAGUUUGUGGCGGUGGGGCCUGUGGCCAGACAUCCCUUUGCUGCCACCACCUCCACCCCAUCCGAUGCCGAGGAUUUCCUUAACCAGGCAGCAACGCACAGGGACAACGGGGAUCUGUGGCAAGACAGCUUGCUCUGACGGUGGAUUGAAGCGCAUUGGUGCUGGUGCCGCGGCCAGCGCAACGGAGAGCGGGCAGGCGAGGAACCCGGCGGCGGGCAGCCGACACCGCGCUCCAGCCUCCAGGGAUGGCCGAUAAGUGCAGCGAGGGGCUGCUGAACGGCGCCGUGCCUGGGGAGCGGGGCAAGCAGGACAAGAGCGUCAAGCGUGGCAACUGGGGCAACCAGAUCGAGUUCGUGCUGACCAGCGUGGGCUACGCCGUGGGGCUGGGCAACGUCUGGCGCUUCCCAUAUCUCUGCUACCGCAAUGGGGGAGGUGCCUUCAUGUUCCCCUACUUCAUCAUGCUGGUGUUUUGUGGCAUCCCCCUCUUCUUCAUGGAGCUCUCCUUCGGACAGUUCGCCAGCCAGGGCUGCCUCGGCGUCUGGAGGGUCAGCCCCAUGUUCAAAGGCGUGGGCUACGGGAUGAUGGUGGUGUCCACGUACAUCGGGAUCUACUACAACGUGGUGAUCUGUAUUGCCUUCUACUACUUCUUUGUGUCCAUGACGCGCGUGCUGCCCUGGACGUACUGCAGCAACGCCUGGAACACGCCCGACUGCGUGGGGGUGCUGGACGGGAACGUCUCCAGCCGCGCCGCCCUCAACCUCACCCGCUUCCUCAACACCACCCAGAAGCGCACCAGCCCCAGCGAGGAGUACUGGAGGAGGUAUGUGCUGGACCUCUCGGAUGACAUCGGGAACCUGGGUGAAGUGAGGCUGCCCCUGCUGGGCUGCCUGGGCGUCUCCUGGGUCGUCGUCUUCCUCUGCCUCAUCAAGGGCGUCAAGUCCUCGGGGAAGGUGGUGUACUUCACGGCCACCUUCCCCUACGUGGUGCUCACCAUCCUCUUCGUGCGCGGCAUCACGCUGGAGGGGGCCCUCACUGGUAUCAUGUACUACCUGACACCUCAGUGGGACAAGAUCCUUGACGCCAAGGUGUGGGGUGAUGCAGCCUCACAGAUCUUCUACUCACUGGGCUGUGCCUGGGGUGGGCUCAUCACCAUGGCCUCCUACAACAAGUUCCACAACAACUGCUACCGGGACAGCAUCAUCAUCAGCAUCACCAACUGCGCCACCAGUGUCUACGCUGGCUUCGUCAUCUUCUCCAUCCUGGGCUUCAUGGCCAACCACUUGGGCGUGGACGUCUCCAAGGUGGCUGACCACGGCCCUGGCCUGGCCUUCGUCGCCUACCCUGAGGCCCUCACCCUGCUUCCCAUCUCGCCCCUCUGGUCCAUCCUCUUCUUCUUCAUGCUCAUCCUUCUGGGACUGGGCACACAGUUCUGCUUGCUGGAGACCCUGGUCACGGCCAUUGUGGACGAGGUGGGCAAUGAGUGGAUCAUCCGCAGGAAGACCUUCGUGACGCUGGGGGUGGCCGUGGUGGGCUUCCUGCUGGGUGUCCCACUCACCACACAGGCGGGCAUCUACUGGCUCCUGCUGAUGGACAACUACGCCGCCAGCUUCUCCCUGGUCGUCAUCUCCUGCAUCAUGUGCGUGGCCAUCAUGUACAUCUAUGGGCACCGCAGCUACUUCAAGGAUAUUGAGAUGAUGCUGGGCUUCCCACCCCCGCUCUUCUUCCAGAUCUGCUGGCGCUUCAUCUCACCCGCCAUCAUCUUUUUCAUCCUGGUCUUCACAGUGAUCCAGUACCGGCCCAUCUCCUACAACGACUACAUCUACCCCACCUGGGCCAUCAGCAUCGGCUUCCUCAUGGCGCUCUCCUCCGUCAUCUGCAUCCCCAUCUACGCCAUCUACAAAGUGUGCCGCUCCGAGGGGGACACGCUGCUGGAGCGUUUGAAAAAUGCAACCAAGGCAAGCAAGGACUGGGGCCCGGCGCUGCCAGAGCACCGCAGCGGGCGCUACGCCCCGGCGUUCAGCCCCUCCACCGAGUCCCACCUGGAGGUGCAGCCCCUGCAGCCGGAGAAGGGCCGGAGCGAGGCGGCAGCUGCCUCCCCCGUGCAGGGCAGCAACGGCUCAGCCCACAGCCAGGACUCCAGACUGUGACCCCCCGCCGUCCCCACAUCCCCUCUAACCCCUCCCGCGCGGUGACACUUUUGCACCUUCCGCUGGCGGAGCCUGGCUCCGGGCCGCACCGGACCGCGGGGGGCUCUCAGCGCCCGUCCCCGAGACCCCCCCACCUCCUUGCCGGUUAACCCCCCCCCUGCCCCCCCCCCCGUGGCGUUCGUUAACCCUCGUGUUUACGGUAACCUUUGUGCGCGACGCUGGGACAAGAGAGGAGGGGGCACAGCCCCGGGAGGGCCGGGAGCCAGAGGCACUUUGCAGGGGCCCUGACCCAGGGGGGAUGCACAGGAUGGAGGGGGAGCGGGAUGCCCCCCGGCCCCCCCGCAGCCGGGCAGCCUGCCCCGCCGUGGGGCACCCUCCUGACCUACCCAUGGAGAUGGCGUGGGGUAUCCCCCAUGGGGGGAUACCUGUGGGGACCAGGGCUGGGGUUCACAGGGACUGCCCGUAGCACACAUCCCCCCACCACACAACCCCCCCUGCCCCCAAGCUGUGUGUGCACAGGGCCAUCAUGGUGGAGGUUGGCACUGUAGGGACCCCUGACCCGGCUGGGCACCCACUGUGGCUCAGAGCCUGCAGGGUCCCACGGGUGGCUGUGCCCAGGGACAGUGCCAGGCACUGGUCCAGCACAGGGAGACGGGGGGAAGCACGCUGCCUGCACGGGCAGCAGGAUCUCACAGCACAAGACACAAGCACUUAGAGCACACGCGUGCGUGUCCCUCACAGACACGGUACAGGCACACAUGGGCACGCACAUAUGCAUGCUACCCCAGGGCUGUGCAGGCGGCGGGCUGGUAUGGCCCCCCCCUCCCCACCCCCCCCAUGCAGCACUGCAACUACCCCCACCCCCACCCCGCUGCCCCAUCGAGGGGCUGUAGUUGCCCACCUGGGUGGCCAGGCACUGCCCGCAAAGCCGGGCACAGCCAUAAGCAGCAUGGGCACAGCCCAGCACUGCUGCCUGCCCUGCAGCGGGGCAGGAGGCUGGGGAGCACUUAAGCCUGGCCAAGGGGUGAUGGGGGGAGGGGGGGGAAGGCCGGGGGGAGCCUUCCAUGGUGCUAAGGGGGAGCAGGAUGGACCAGCCCCCCCAGCUGCUACUAGUGAGAGGUACCAGUGGAGACACAGAGGGCUGCACCAGCCCGCUUGCUCUGAGCCAUCUGGGGACUACUUGGUCCCCAACCAGUAUUAGUGGAGCAGGAUGCACUGGGUCUUAAAUCUGUCUUCCAGCUCCAGCCAACGGGCUGGAGCUCUUGAUUUGGGGUGGAUGGGGUGGGACCCUUCCCAUCCCGCUGCUCCCCUCCCAGCCAGUGCCCUGUGCUCCCCAUGCCACAGCCCCGAGGUUGGCACAGGGACAUGGCACGGCUUGGCACGGUGGCGGCAGGCGGUGGGUGCUGAGCCCCGGCAGGACGUUCCAGUUCCCCCGUCCCAAGCCCCCCGCCGUGUCGCGGCGAGGGGGCGCAGGUUCCCGCAUGGUGCCCGUGCCCUGCCCCACGUGUCACGCCGCUACUCUUCACCUCUAAUUGUUAGCAAUAACGCGCGCGUCCCUGGGCAGCGCUGCCUGUGCCAGUGUCUCUCCCGGUGUAGAGUUCUAAAGUAUCCUAGAUUUUAAUGAGAUUUAUAUUCCUGA